AUACACACUUGCAUAGCAACGCCGCAAGAGGGAGUGACAUGAACACAAGCAGGUGUCCGCUAAGCUGCUCAGCAUCCCGGACUGGAGGCUUCUGCUCUCAGCCGAGCGGACCUACCGGGCUGCCCGGGUCUCCGACCACCAGCAGCCUCCAUUUCGCCUAAGAGGCAAAGGCGAACCAGAGUUUGGGGACACUGACGAUCGUUUAUGUGUAUUCGCCCGUCUAUCUGCGGACUUAAAGACGGGAGGACAGGGCGAUGUCUGCGCCGGGUUACACCAACCUCAACAGCUCCGCCGGCUACAACCCGAACUCAACACCGAACGGUGGAGCUGCGCCACCCCGUCAGAAUGGUCCACUACAGAACUACCCAUCCAUGUACCCACCCACAGGCUACUACAGUGCCCCUCCUCAGCACCAAAGCUACCCCACUAUCCCUGGUCAGAACAUUUCAGCUCCCAGCAAAGCAAUCACAAACAGUGCCCACAGUAUCGACUACUACUGGAAUAACCAUCAACAGCAGCAGCAGCAGCACCUCCCACAACAUCAUGUAGCACCUUCUUACAGCACAGGCCCUCCUUCUCAACCUUAUGCCUCCAUCCCAUCUUCGGCACCCCCAUCUUCUAAUGCCCAGUACAUACAGCAGCCAUUCCAGCAGCAACAGCCGCCCUUUGCCCCUCCAGGUUCCUACUAUGGUCAGCAGUCAUACCAAGCCCCCCCAGCACAGCUUCAUCAGCAGCAGCAUUCCAGUCUGGCCUUAGCACCAGCUCCCAUCCACCCAAACGUUUCAUAUCUGUCUGCUCCUGGCAGCAGUCAGCAUGGGACCCUCAGUUCGUCUCAAAGCCCCUCCACACCUGGGGCCAUGACCACCCAGGUGGGAGCACCUUUACAUCAGUACAGCUCAACACCUCCGCCUUCCUCUACGGCUCUACAGCCCAGGUAUAACACGAGCGCACAUGCACAGAUUACGGCGACAGUCAAUGGGAAAGGAAGCACAGCUGGAGUCCAAAACAACAUCCACCCGUACUACGACCAAAGCCCUCCGGCCCCUGGCAGCUAUGAGUCCUACAGUGGGGGGGCACAAAGCAGUGGAGAUGUGGACCAGCCUCCCUCAGGGACCCCCACCGCUUCGGUCCAUUCCUCCCCCGGCCACCACCAAGGCAUGCAGUAUGGAUAUGUUGCUAAUAGUGGAGCUAGCUCAGCCUCUGCCGCCACAUCAGGCCCAGCAGAACCCCCUUUGUCAUCCAGCUCUGAUGAUGAUGAGGAGGAGGAUGAGGAUGAGGAAGCAGGCGGCGACACUUCCUCCUCCAGUACCGGCAGCGCUUCUCCGCUUCCCAACAACUACGAUUCCCUGGAAGGCGGCAGUUACCCAGAUUCCAUGCCUCCCUCCAAUGAUAUGACCAACCAAGCUCCGCCCUAUGGUAACUAUGGUUACCAUAACACACAGUCAACAUAUCAGCCAGGACUGGACACCCACGCUGACUCCCCCCCCUCCCAGAACCUGUACGGUCAGCCGGGUUACCAGCAGUACGCCCAGCCUUUCCCCAACUUCUCCCAGCUGUCUGCGGCCCUGGGGGGGCUAAGCGGGGUGCCGGAGCUGGAGGUGGAGGCCUUGAGGCCAGUCAACCUGCUGCAGGAGAGGAACCUGCUGCCCCCGAGGCCCUUGGAAGCCCCUGAACCCAACCUCAGCCCAGACCUGAAGAAGGUCAACUGUAGUCCACAAACUUUCAGAUGUACCCUGAGCAGCAUCCCACAAACACAGGCUUUACUCAACAAGGCCAGACUCCCGCUUGGCCUCCUCCUCCACCCAUUCAGAGAUCUACAGCAGUUACCCGUCAUCACUUCCAACACGAUUGUGCGCUGCCGCUCCUGUAGGACCUACAUCAACCCGUUUGUCACCUUUUUGGACCAACGCAGGUGGAAGUGCAACCUCUGCUAUCGGGUCAACGAUGUACCAGAUGAGUUCAUGUACAACCCAGUAACGAGGUCUUACGGUGAACCUCACAAGAGACCAGAAGUCCAAAAUUCCACCGUGGAGUUCAUCGCCUCUUCAGACUACAUGCUACGACCUCCGCAGCCCGCCGUCUACCUGUUCGUGCUCGACGUGUCUCACAACGCCGUGGAAGCAGGAUACCUGAAGUACUUCUGUGACGCUCUUCUUGAGAACCUGGAUAAGAUGCCCGGGGAUGCACGCACCAGAGUGGGUUUCCUCACCUUUGACAGCACCAUCCACUUCUACAACCUCCGGGAAGGACUGUCACAGCCACAGAUGCUGGUGGUGUCAGACAUUGAUGACAUCUUCAUACCAUCACAUGACAGUCUGAUGGUCAACCUGAAGGAGAGUAAAGAGCUGGUCAAGGAGCUGCUGACAUCACUUCCUGCCAUGUUCAGUCAGACCAGAGAGACGCACAGCGCCCUGGGUUCUGCCUUACAGGCGGCCUUUAAGCUCAUGUCGCCCACUGGCGGACGAGUCACGGUGUUCCAGACUCAGCUGCCAACCCUGGGAGCCGGGAAGCUACAGUCCAGAGAAGAUCCCAACCAGCGUUCCGGCACUAAGGGGGUGCAGCACCUGGGUCCUGCUACUGAUUUCUAUAAGAAACUUGCACUAGACUGCUCUGGACAGCAGAUAGGAGUGGACUUUUUCCUGCUCAGCUCCCAGUACUCUGACCUCGCUUCAUUAGCUUGUAUUUCCAAGUAUUCAGCAGGCAGUGUCUUCUACUACCCGUCCUUUCAUUACAUCCACAACCCGGCCCAGCUGGAGAAGUUCCAGAAGGAUCUCGACCGCUACCUCACCAGAAAGAUCGGCUUCGAGGCGGUCAUGAGAAUACGAUGCACUAAAGGUUUAUCCAUCCAUACGUUCCAUGGGAACUUCUUUGUGCGCUCCACCGACCUGCUGUCCCUGGCUAAUGUGAACCCGGACUCGGGCUUCGCUGUGCAGAUGUCCAUCGACAACUCUCUGGCAGACUCGUCUCUGGCCUGCUUCCAGGCUGCUCUGCUCUACACGUCCAGUAAAGGAAAAAGGCGCAUCAGAGUUCACACACUGUGUCUGCCGGUGGUCAGUCAGCUGACUGACGUUUACAUCGGAGCAGAUGUCCAAGCUGUCACAUGUCUGCUUGCCAACAUGGCCAUCGAUCGCUCCAUAUCCUCCAGCCUGUCUGAUGCCCGUGAUGCGCUGGUCAACGCUGUCGUGGACUUUGUGAGCGCCUAUAAGAGCAGCGUGUCGAACCUGCAGCAGUCUGGAUUGGUGGUUCCUGCUGUCAUGCGCCUCUUCCCCCUCUACAUCCUUGCUCUCCUCAAACAGAAAGCGCUGCGGACGGGCACCAGCACACGUCUGGAUGAGCGCGUCUUCGCCAUGUGUGAGUUUAAGACGCAGCCGCUGCAGCAGCUGAUGAGAAUGGUCCAUCCUGACCUCUACAGGCUGGACAACAUGUCUGACCAGGGGGCGCUCCAUCUGAACGACUCCAUCGUCCCUCAGCCUCAUCUGCUGCACCUUUCUGCUGAGCGGCUUAGCCGAGAUGGAGCUUUCCUCAUGGACUGCGGCAACGUGUUCUUUCUGUGGAUCGGCAAAAGCUGCAAUGAAAUGUUCAUCAGAGACGUUCUAGGCUGCCCCAGCUACGCCUCAAUACCCCCCAACAUGAGUCACAUUCCUGAGCUGCAGACUCCUCUGUCUGAGAGGCUUCGAGCAUUCCUUGACUGGCUGCAGGACAACCGAGCCUUCAGCGCCUCCAUCCACGUCGUCAAAGACGAUGCUUCGGCCAAAGCGACGUUCUUUCAGCACCUGGUGGAGGACCGGUGUGACUCCGCCUCCUCCUACUCUGAAUUCCUGCAGCACAUUCAGCAGCAGAUGUCCAAGUAGGCUCCUAACAUGCCGAUGGAAAACCCGCCACCACAAUUCUGACAACAGAGCGAGAAGCGACUCGGUCCUCAUGGAAUGGAAGCUAGCGUUAGUCAGUGAUGGGUCGCCGCCACCGGCCCUCCAGAAGAGUUUAGAGAGGAGAGUUUGGUCCCCGAUCCUCAGUCUCAUCACGUCCACUGCUGCGCCACCAUCGGAGGAGGAGGAGGUAGCUUUUAGGUGGUAAUAAAGAUUUAAAUGAAUGAAGAAUCUGGGAUUUUGUUACACAGAAACAGCCUCUCAGCCUCCAUCGAACCUGGAUCUUAUCUGAUCCGUCGCUACAGAGAAGAGAGGAGCCACGAGCCAAGAAGAUGCCACUUCACUGCGUUUAGUUUGUUUGUCUGAGUCAACUUGUGAGUUUUUGUCAUUUUGGGAGGAUAAAUGUUUUCUGUUUUUAUUUCUACAUUUUUAAGACACUGGAGAUCAGGAUCAAGAAUUGGGCAUGUGCUUUGAACAGAAACAAACAGCAUGUCUGGAUGUAAAACGCUGACUCGGGUCGGUUCGGCAGAGGUAACUCCUCAUCUGUUAUAAACUGUCACUUCUCUGCAAUCUUGUUUAUUUUUCCAGGUGCUGAAUAAAAUCUCUGUCCACUUUGUAACUACUGAAAAGAAUCUUUAAUGUGCGAUAAUUUAUGAACCAGCUUAUUAAAUAAAAACAAAAACAACUGA